AACAAAUGCAGGCAGUGGAUUAGGCCUCAACCAUAGAUCCUAUACUCCUCUGGUAUCUUUGGCCUCAACAUAGACACCUCCUGGCCGGAGAGCCGAGUUGCUGCCGGCAGUCGGCGGCAUCGUCCAUGUGGUGGUGGCGGCGCAGCCGUCUGCUUGCAGCGAGGAUGAGUGAGGUCGCCAGCGGUGACAAGAGGAAGGAGCCGGAGCCGGAGCGGGAGCCUUCCCCCGGGCUGCGAGAGGACGGCCAGCCCCCGACUAAAAAGCUGCGGAGCAAGAAGGGGCGGGCGGGGGAGCGCUACGUGCCGCCGCCCAGGAAGAAGAACCAGAGCACCAGCUUCGGUCACGAUCACUUCAACGAGACGGAGUAUUACUUUGAACGUGGCCUGCGGAAGGUGUUUUCCUACUACUUUGACUUCCAGACCUAUUGCAAGGGCCGCUGGGUGGGCAAGACCAUGCGCGAAGUCUUCAGUGACGAGUUCCGGGCGGAACCUCUCGACUAUUACACACGGGCGGCAAGUGCCGGCCGCAUCCGUCUGAACGAGCAACCUGCUGACCUGGACACCGUCCUUAAGAACAACGACUUCAUGAGGAACACGGUGCACAGGCAUGAGCCUCCGGUCACCGACCAGCCGCUCAGGAUCCUGAGCCAGAACCAGGAAAUGGUGGUGGUGGACAAACCCGCCUCCAUCCCCGUGCAUCCCUGCGGCCGAUACCGACACAACACAAUCAUCUUCAUCCUGGGCAAGGAGCACAAUCUGACCGAGCUGCACACCAUUCACCGGCUGGACCGCCUGACGUCCGGGGUCCUCAUGUUCGCCAAGACCCUGGACGUGUCCAAGAAGAUUGACCAGCAGAUCCGAGAGAGACAGGUACAGAAGGAGUACGUGUGCCGGGUGGAGGGGGAGUUCCCCGCCAGUGAGGUGACCUGCGUGCAGCCCAUCCUGGUGGUCUCCUACAAGGUGGGGGUGUGUCGGGUGCACCCCAACGGCAAGCCCUGCCGCACUGACUUCCAGAGGCUGAGCUUCAACGGCAGGUCGAGCGUGGUGCGCUGCCAGCCCCUCACCGGCCGCACCCAUCAGAUCCGUGUGCACCUCCAGUUCCUGGGCCACCCCAUCCUCAACGACCCCGUAUACAACAGCGGGGCCUGGGGCCCACGGCGGGGGGCAGACGGCCACAUUGGCAAGACGGACGAGGAGCUGCUGCAGGAACUGCUGGAGCUGCACCGGCUGAGGGAGUGCCCCGACCUGCUGCCAGAACAGCCCCCAGACUCCGACCAGGGAGCGGUAGAUCCCUCUCACCCGCCGGAGGUCGGAGAGGGGCACGGAGGGAUGGAGGGACCCUCCAAGGGCCAGCGGGACGAGCUGUGCGGGGAGUGCCGCAUAGUCAGGAAAGAUCCCACCCCUGAGGACUUGGUGAUGUACCUGCACUCCCUCCGCUACAAGGGGCCCGACUGGGAGUACUCCUCUCCCCUCCCCCCCUGGGCCGCUGCCGACUGGCACCAGGACUGAACCGGUCAUUGGAAACCCCACCUCUGAAACACUUGCGUCAAAUGCACUGGCGCGCAUCUUCAAACACCGAGGCAGUCCGACUGCUUUGUACAGACUGCAGCGUUGCUGUAGAAGCAACCAGAGUGCUGGUUGUGUCCGCAGGGCUCCCGUGCUCUCUGCAAGCUGACUGCGUUACUGCUCCGGCUGUUUGAUAUCCCAUGCACCAUCGGGUAGGCCUGGAGUUAAGCCUCCUUGCAGUUGAACAGCUGUGCAGAAUGGAAACAGGUCCUUCGGCCCACCAAGUCCAUGCUGACCAUUAAUCACUCUAAUCCUACAUUAAUCCCUGUUACAUUCAUCACUCUCUCUGACCCUCCCCCACCCUAGUUGUUGGACCGGUUUCACUGUCCUGGUGAGUUCCAUUGUCUGUAGCAAAGAUCCUAUAGCGAGCAAGAUAGAUCACUCGAGGAAAAAGACGUAGUACGGUCAUGGGCAGAUUCGUGGGUAAUUUUCGCCCCAUUUCCGUAACCGGCUUCCGUCUCCGCACCAAAGAUCCCGUAGCGGAGACGGAAGCCGGUUACGGAAACAUCCUCGUAAAAAUAAAAGUUAUUUGGGAAAAAUCUUCUUCUCAUUUUCAGAAUUAUAAUUUAUUAACACAAACUGUUCCCCCGCAACGUUGAUUACACUGCGAGUCGGGUCGGGUCGGGUUACUGAAAUGGAUGAAAAAAAGGCCCACGUUCCGCUCCGUUGCGUACUACACGUCAGCCCAUUGCAUUUAGAAGGAGUGGUCUAUCUUGCUCUGAUAUAGGAUCUUUGGUCUGUAGCUCAUUUACACCUUGCCCACAGCUAACAAUGCCCUUUCUUUAUCAUCGUUACUUUUUUGCAUAUCUUUAAUUAAUUUGUUCUACAUCCCUCUAUAUCACCAUCUAUAUCUCUCGUUUCCCUUUCCCCUGACUCUCAGUCUGAAGAAAAGUCUCGACCCGAAACGUCACCUAUUCCUUCUCUCCAGAGAUGCUGCCUGUUCCGCUGAGUUACUCCAGCUUUUUGUGUCUAUCCACAUUAAUCCCAGCGGUCACAGGGUGAACAUGCAAACUCCACACAGCCAGCAACUGCGGUCAGGAUCGUAAACCUGGAGCUGCCACUGCCGUGCGACCCAUUUUGUGUAAGAUAAAAUCAUAAUGAACAAAAUGAAUGCAAAAAUAAAAGCUAGUUUGUAUAAGAUAGCUGGUAAACAUAUUGGAUUGGGGUCUUGUUCAAAAGACUAUAGGAGCAAAAGAACCGACAUGUACACUGGUU